AUGGAUGCGCCAUCUCCGUACUCUCCACAGGCCAACCACCACUCGGUCCCCGACCCUACGACCCCUGCAUCCUCAACAUCGUCCCUCCGGUCGAUCUGCAACGAUGAGCAGUCCGCGCUAUCCCCCGACGCAAUCAUCCACUUGAUACAAUGUUCGCGCUGCUCGCGACCUUUACGCGCGCCUCUCCGACUGCCGUGCGGCAACGCCGUCUGUCGAGCCUGUCUGCCGCCGAUCCGUACACGCACGGGCAUCACCUACCCUGGGAAUGAGGAGCGCAAGCAAGGAUUUACCUGCUACUGGGAACAAUACGAUAGGGAUUGCGUGGGAGAACACUGCAUCGGGGACUGCGGGGGGGACAUCCUGUUGACUCGUCUGGUGGAUGUGUUCGACGAGGUUCUAGGAGCUGGCUCCAGCACGUCGCAGGGUGCAGGGUUCCGGGUGACAUGGCAAGGGCCUCGCAGAGACGGGUCGGGAAUAUUUGAGGAACAGAGCGCAACGUUGGAAGGUAGCCUGCUGGAGGGUACUUACCAUCUGGUCAAAAGCGGCCGGCUCGAUUACGACGCGUUCGGGGUCAGAUAUGAGGCGUUUGGGCAAGGGGAACGGGACGACGGCGCACUGGUCAGGCUCAGAGAGGCUAUACGGAACGAGCUGGAUUGUCAUGUCUGCUACUCGCCCAUCCUGGACCCGUUGACGACGUCCUGCGGCCAUACGUUCUGUCGCGGGUGUGUCAUAAUGACCACGAAUCAUUCCGAUCUCUGCCCUGUCUGUCGGCGAAAGCUCGUCGUGGACUCGACGGUACGGGCGGAGCCAACAAAUAAGACAAUCGCCGAUCUCAUAGCGACACUCUUCCCGGAGGAAGACGCCCUGCGACGCGAGGGUUCGACUCGAGACACAGCCGGCACUGAUGAUGAGACUACCCUCCCGUUGUUUGUGAACACGCUUGCUCUCCCGACGGUGCCAACCUUCCUUCAUAUUUUUGAGCCCCGGUACCGCCUCAUGAUCCGGAGGGUCAUGCGGAAUAGAAAACGUAAGUUUGGUAUGGUCAUGCUGAACGUCAUGGGCAGGAUCCAAGGGGAGCUAGGAAGAUCUCGAUUCAUGCAGUACGGCACGGUCAUGGUGGUUGAUCGCUAUGAGCCGCUUCCCGACGGACGAAGUCUUGUGAUUGCCACAGGACAGUCUCGAUUCAAGGUGCUCGGCUCGGACAUUGUGGAUGGGUAUUAUGUCGGUAGAAUACGACUGGUGAAUGACAUCUCAAUUACGCAGGAGGAGAGACGAGAAGCACUGGAGACGUCAGUCCCGCUAUCACCGUCCAUCGCAGAUUCUCCAAAACCCUCGAGUAGAGAGAGGUUGCUGGAGACAAUGCCGACGCAAGAUCUUCUGAAGCUUUCUCAGGCGUUCGUCCGGAAGCAGCAGAGUCAAGAAGUGCACUGGCUUAACCCGCGUGUCUUGCUGGCAUACGGGGGCAUCCCCGACGAUGCUGCUCGAUUUCCUUGGUGGUUUGCCACCGUGCUACCUAUCAAGGAACACGAAAAAUAUGAGCUUUUACCGACCACCAGCGUUCGACAGCGACUCAAAGUCAGCGCGCGAUGGGCGCAAAAGUUAGAGUCUGGGGAAUGGUCUGUCGAUACUAGAUGUAUUGUCGAUGUCUAA